AUGGAAGAGGUCGCGAGGCUUGUCGAGGGCGAGAAGGGCCAUGCUGACUAUGAUCGUUCCCUUGUUGGGAACGGGAAGGGCGAGACCGAGUCGAUUGCCUAUACGGACGGAUACUCUGAAAAGACUGAAAGCAUGUUUGAUGUCCGGCGAAGCUCGGUGACAGACAAAAUUGCUGAUGCCAUCUCUUCGACAGCUGGCAAAUACCACGCAUGGAUACUUGUCGCCCUGCGGCGUGAAUGGCGUUGA